AACGCGAGCUGGCGCUAUCCAAUUGUGAUUGUAAUUGUUGUGCAAUUAAGUAGAUUGCAUUUGCGGUGGAGAUUCAAUAUGCUGAGAGGGGCAUUGAAUAUUCAGAGGUCGUCAAUUCGGCUUCUGCAGACAUCGGCAGUAUGUCACAAGGUUGUUGCAGGUAGAGUGAGGGUUAGUAAAGGAGAGAAACCAGUCACAUAUGAACAGUCCAACCCUCCCCAUUACAUUGGUGUCAGAAAGAGCUGGAACUCCAAACACACAGCAAACCUGGAAGGGGAAAUAGACACAGCAGAUCGAACGCAGGAAGACCUCUUCAUUAGAAAAUUCAUGUACGGGACAUUUCACAAUUGCAUGGCGACAGAGAUAGUCAUAAAGCGAAGAGCUAAUCAAAUCUUCAUCGCUGCCAUCAUGCUACGAAACCAAGCCCCGCAGAAGUAUUACUUUUUGAUAGGAUACACAGAAGAACUGCUUUCUCAUUGGUUCAAGUGUCCUGUGAAAUUAGAAGUUCAGGUCGUGGAGGACAGGCCUGUUUAUAAGUGGAUAUGAAAGAGCUUUUAAAUCUGUAAACUCUUUUUGAUAAUUCUCUUUGACUGAAUAUUUUUUGUACAGAAGAAUAUAAGUAUGCAUAUUGCAACCUUCCAUGAGUCAAAGUAUAUACUAUAGCCUAUGUCAAGUCAAUUUUUUGGUGCAGUUUAUCCAAAGUGUGUUAUUUGUCUCCUCUGUGUUUAUUUCACUGAAGUCAGACAGAUUCCUUGGAUUAGACUUAGGGCAGACUCACCUUUCGACCUACUGGAUCUGCAAAGUAUGUACUGACCUAUAUGCAGUGUACAAGAUAUGUCGCCUUCUAGUGUUAAAGCUGGUAAUUACCAGGUAAUUGUUCGAGGGAAAAUUGAAUAAGUAAAAGACUGAGAGACGACAGAUUCUUAAUUAAUUGUAAUUAUGUAUUUGGUCAAAUUUUGAUAGAUCGGUAUUUUCUCAUGUGGUAAAUAUUAACUACAAAUUGGGGGAAAAUGACAGAACUAUUGAUCUAACUGAGAUUCUUCAUUUAUAUAACUUUGAGGCCGGGGGGGGGGGGGGGGGGGGGCAGUCAAAUAUAUUGCUGUACACAUGCCUGACCCAAAAACACAUUUAAAGGGGUGUUUUUUAAGUUUUGGACGUGGGCCGCGCGUGCACUCGUUAAGGGUAUAAAAAACAACGAUUUUUAAGAAAGGGGUGGUUUUGAAAGACUGGUCAAUUGCGGGGUCAAACAUGUUUAGGGUAUGUUUUUUUCCCCGGGGUCAUAUUUUGGCGACAACUUGUUUAGGGUCCAAAGUGUAAAUAAAGCCCGCAAAAAACUUGUUUAGGGGGUUAUUUUGCACACACAGAAAAACUCGUUUAGGGGUUGUUUGGAAAUAAUUUGGUCACACAUGUGUACAGCAAUUCAUUUGACUGCCACUCCCCCCCCCCCCCCCUCCCUCCCGGGCUUACAAAAAAUUAAAUUUGGGCCUUAGAGAUUUCAUAUUUGGUAGUCAAUAACAUCAUCUUUCAUACUUUCAAAACUAUGAUUUUAUUUUACAUAACUACAGGGAUCAUAUUUUCCAGUGGGUUUGGAGGGGAAAAAUUGUUUUAGGUUGAUAAUUGCAUGACCUGUUCCUUUCUCGUUAGGGUGCUAUAAGGGACAAUUUCUGAGAUGAUGGCUUUUUAUCAUUGAAUAAUGAAAAUUUGAGGAAAUCUGUUAUGAAGGAUACUAGCAAGUUGUGAGGGUUGGUGCAUGUAAUUUGCAUUUAUACCUGAACCCAUUAUUGCUUUUGUAUUUGAGAUUUCAGUGUUGCUUUAUUCAAAAGUUAUUUUGGGUGGGGUGGUGUUUCCUAAAGCUAUUCGUAAGUUACACACAAAUUUACACAUGACUGGCAACUUGUUCUUGUGCUGAAUGAUAGACCCCAUUCUUUGUCCACAUUGACAUUCAUGGGGUGAGAGUGAUUUCCUAAAACUUAUCAAAUUUCGACAAAUUCUACAUUCUCCUUUCAGAUAAUUGUUUUGAGUAAUAACAGUUUUAAUCUACUAAGAUUGGAUUUCAAGUCAAUUUUAGCUGAUGGGAAUCAAAGUGAUAGAAUCUGAUUCAGCACCCAAUCUGCUUUAUGAAACACCCCACCCCCCCCCCCCUCCUUGGUAGUAAACAAAAUAUACUCCCUGGAUGCGUCCAAUGAAAUUACCAUUUUCCUUUGAGCCAGACUGCCAGCCAACCAAAGACCCCAGUUCAAGGUAAUCAUGUCAGUCUAAUGAUUUUACAGUGUGCCAUUGAAUUCAGUCAACUGAUCAACAAAUGAUAUUAUUCUUUUGAGAAAUGUUAGCCCUGUGGGGGGUUAGAUCAGUGAACCUCCAACAACGUAAGAAAUCCCACAAGACCUUAUGUGUACAUACUUUUUAGGGACAGUAACCAUGUGAUUAUUGGUCUAGUGUCCAGGAAGUUCUAAUUGGUUUUGUGGAAUGCAUCCACUGAAAAUUUAUUGUCAAUUUUCUGAUAUGUCAACAAAGGCUGCACUUAGUUUUUUUUUUUUGGGGGGGGUCUUCAUUCUAAUAUUAAGGACACUCACAAGACCCCUUUUUCUUGUAUUUCCCGAUUUGUUGUGAUAAACAGAUAAUCUUCAUACAUUUAAAUUUGCAGUCAAUUGUUACUGUACUUUAAUAAAAUUAAUUAGAGCAGAAAAUUGGCCUCGAGAAAUACAUGAUGAAUGUCAUGUUCUAUGAAUUCCAUAUUUCGCCAUUUUCUCUGUAAAAUGAAAAUGAUGUUGAUGUCACAAACAACAUAUGGUCGGACGUAUUAUUUAUUUCAUGUUGGAUUGGAAAGAAAUAACUUAAUCCUAGUUAUGUUCUUUGUAACCGCAUUGUAUUGUCUUUGGUGAAUACUCUUCAGAUAUUGUUUUACAAAUUGUGGUUAAUAUGAAUUAUGCAAUAAACUUCAAAAGAAAAUGUA